AUGGAGGUACGAGACAUUCUGAGGAGUAUCGAGCCUCUUCAAGGACGUGUAUUACCGAUCAAGACCAUCCAGGAAACACAGACGACUGAAGAGUUUGAGGAUGCAUAUGUAGCCGAAGUCAACGUGAAGUUGGCCUCGAAAGUGGUCAAAGCACUAGAUGCUGCUUUCCCUCGCGACCCUGCUAUCCCAGUGAACCAUCUCCGACGAUUUGCUAAACAUUCCCAAUUGCCAGAAUCCUUGCGCUCAGCCAUCAGCCACAAUGACUCCGCUCCGCAGACAAUCUUUGUCCUAAUAUCGCCUCCUCUCCCGGAAGCUGAUGCUCUCCAAAAAGUGCUUGCUCCAUUUGCCCCUGCCUCCUCGACCUCUGCCGACGAUCAGGCCGAAGCCGCUCCUGCCAUUUCCCUGCAUACAAUCAAGAUCCCUACUCAACCGCCCUUGAAUGCUAAGCAAGCCGAGAAAUGGACAUCGACUUACUGGCCCGUUGUCUACAACCCAGCUGCCCCGCGAGCCACAAUAGCACCGCCGCCGCAAAUCCUAAACCGUGCGCUCGAGUCCAUCCAGGCCGAAGCCGGACAUUACUUGGCGCUGGCCGAGAAAGUCGCACGGGAAGCAGAGAAAUCUGGCCGGGGCCGGAGAAUCGGGGCUGUAGUGGUUGAUCCCGAAAUUCUGGCCUCCAUCGACACUCGUGACGACGAGGAUGGCACAAGAUGGACAGACGCCGUUGUCGCCGUCGCAGGUGACGCGCGAUAUUCUCGUCGAGAAACCGGUGCGCUCUCAGAAUCAGAGCAGCAGAUCGAGCCGGGUCCACCUGCAGCAGCACAGACAUACAACGCUGAUCUGGAAGGCGGGCCUGAACUGCACGCGCUGAUGCGCGCCGUGGAAAUGAUUGCCCGGAAACGUCGCGAAGAAGACCGCGAAGCUUCUGAUACCAAACCGUACCUCAGUCCCUUGGAAUCGUACUUUCUUUCGCAGUCAGACGUAUCAACCUCCGCAUCCAGUUUAAAUUCACAGGACCCGUCACCAAUACCGGAAAAGCUUCUAAAGACAAACUCCGCCUCGCCGGCUGUUCCCACGACGUCGAAAACCCCUCCGGUUGCUCCGGUUGCUCCGGUUGCUGCUCCGCGUAUCCGCUCGCGUGCACAGGGCGGCUACCUCUGCACAGACCUAGACGUAUACCUCACCCAUGAGCCCUGCUUAUGUUGCUCCAUGGGAAUGCUCCUCUCGCGCUUCCGAGCGGUGAUAUUUCCCCGGAAGGGACGGAUGGUCACGGGGGGACUAGCCUCGGAGCCUGUUAUCUCACCGGCGUCUGACACUGUCCCUGAAGGCGAGCCUGAAGAGUCUGAAUCGAAGGCGCCAAUGGACGAGUCGUCCGAUCCGGCAACAAAAAGGAAAUACCACGGUCUGCACUGGCGCAAGGAGCUGAACUGGCGGGCGUUGGGCUUCGAGUUUGUCGAGCAUGAUGAUGCUGAUGAACUUGCUCGGCGUACAGAGGAUCAGACCGGAGUUGCUUUUCAUGCAUGA